GUUGAGAGGGCGCGCAGCGACCACGGACCGAAAGGCGAAAUUUGCUCGACCACCACACUAUCAUUUAUCAAGCAAGCAUCGCCAAGCUUCAUUCUACUUGAGAUAAACACCUAUUAUACGUUUGCACGAAUAAUCAGCAGCGUCCCGGCACUGGCAGCGGCGGCACAACGCUGACAGGACCCUAGUCCCUGCCUCUCGCCCGUGCACCCAGCCUUCCACCAUGCAGGCCCCCCCAGCCCGCUCGCUCCUCCCGCGUCCAGACUCCCCGCGCGUUGACCGGUUUGACCGCCCCGAACGCGUUGACCGCGUUGACCUGGAUCCGGGCCUGUGGCGCCACCUGCCCCUGGAGCUGGUGCUGCGCGUGGCGGGCUGCCUCCCCCCCAACGAGGUCGCCUGCUCCGCCCGCCGCCUGUGUACGGCAGCGGCGCAGUACUUCCGUACCGCCACGCGGGUACGGCUGUCCGCGCCUAGCCCACACGCCGACUUCGCGGCGCACUGGGGGCCGCAGCCGCGGCCGCAGACGCGGCUACAAACGCGGCCGCCGGUGCCGACGCAGAUGCAGAUGCAGACGAAGCCAGGAGCGGCGUGUCUGUCAUCCGGAUCCGAUUCAGGCGCCGGGUCUGCAUCCGGAGGUGCUGCUGGGUCCGUGUUGGUGGCGGUGGUGGAGGCGGUGGCGGAGGCGGAGGCAGAGGCAGCGGCGGAGGCGGAGGCGGCGGCGCUGUCCUGCUGGUCUCCGGCCAUGGACGCGCUUACUCUGGGCCGCCGACGCGACCUGCUGAGCCUCACCGCCGCCGCCGGCGACCUGAACAACCUGCGGCUGCUGGCGGCGCCGCCGCCGCCGCCGCCGCCGCCGGCGUCACAGCCGCCGGCGCCGGCGCCACCGGCAGUGGUGACGGCGGCGAUGACGGCGGUGGGGAGGACGGAGUCCCCGGAGCGGCAGGAGCAGCAGCAGCAGCAGCAGCCACAACAGGAGCUCGGGCAGCAGCAGCAGCAGCAACAGCAGCAGCAGCGGCGGCAGCCGGGUGCUACAGCCGCCGCCACAUGCUACAGCCGCCUGCGCUGGCGGCUGGGCGCCGCCGGCUGCAGCCUGCGGCCGGAGGUGGCGGCGGCGGCGGCGGCGGCGGGGCAGCUGGCGGCGCUGCAGGAGCUGGCGGCGCUGGGGUGUCCGCUGGGCGGCGUGGCGGCGGCGGAGGCGGCGGCGCGUGGCGGCUGCCUCGCCACCCUGAAGUGGCUGUGCGGCAGCAGUAGCAGCAGCAGUAGCAGCGGCAGCAGCAGCAGCAGCAGCAGCAGCAGCAGCGGCGGCAGCAGCAGCAAUGGCAGUGGUGGAGGUGGAGAUGGCUGUAGCAGCAGGGAAGCGGCGGCGGCCGACGGCAGUAGCAGCAGGGGUGCCGCCGGCAGCGCUGUGAGUGCGGGUGUGGGUGAAAUGGACGACGUGUCCGGGGCUGCUAGGGCUGCUGGGGCUGGGGCUGGGGCUGGGGCUGUGGCCAACGGCGGCGGCGGCUGCCCGCUUGCCGCGUCGGUGCUGGUGGCGGCGGCGGGGGCGGGUCAGGUGGAGGUGCUGCGGUGGCUGCUGGCGCGCAGCUGUCUAUGGAGCACCGAGGCGGCGGCGGCGGCGGCGCGCGGCGGGCAUGAGCAGGCCUUGGCGCUGCUGAUCAGUGCGCAUCAUGCGGACCCCUUGUCGCGACCCCUAGUGGCGCCGGCAGAAGCAGCAGCAGCGGCAGUAGCAGCACGCGGCGGCGGCGGCGGCCGACGCAUCAGCGGCAGUAGCAGCACACCCUGGGCGCUGCUGGCGGCGGUGGCCUACGGCUGUAGCCUGCACACGCUGCAGCGGGCAAUGGUGCGCGCCGCGGAGGGCGGCAGUAGCGGCAGUAGCGGCCGUCGCGGCGGUGGCGUUGGUGGCGGCGGCGGCCGACGUGGCGGCAGUAGCACCGGGCGUGGCGGCGGCGGCGGCGGCGGGCUGGGAGAACUGCUGCGGCACGGGUACGACAUUGCAGGUGACAUGGAGGGGUCGCAGGAGCUAGAGGCAGCAGACGAGGGGGAUGCUGGCGGCGGCGGCGGCGGCUGGGACCCGGAGGACGAAGAUGGUGGCGGCGGCGGCGGUGGCGGCGGCGGCGUGGAGGCUGAGGUGCUGGCGGCGGCGCUCGCCAGCCCCACGCCCUGCUGGCGGGCCAAGGCGGAGUGGCUGCUAGACGUGUGGGGGCUACUGCUGCUACAGCCGUGGAAAGCGGCGGCGGCGGCGGCACAGGGUGGCGCAGCCGGCGGCGCGGCGGCGGCAGCCCAUGGGCCUGCUGGCGGCGCUGCCGCCGCCGGUGGCGGCGCUGCCGCCGCCGGUGGCGGCGGCAGUGGCGGCGGCGGCGGGGCUGUGGGAGUGGUGCCGCCGCCGCCGGGCGUGUGCCUAAUCGAGCGCCUUCACUUCCUGGCGGCGCGGCGGCUGCGGCCAGGCCUGUCAGUGGCACUGGCGGCGGCGGCUGCGGACGACGCGGCGGCGCUGGCGGCGUGCCUGGCGGCGGGCGUACUGCAGCGCCCGCCGUACCUCACAUCGUACCGCUCGUACCAUCAGUGGUCGUUGUGCCUGCUGGCGGCGGCGGCGUACGGCAGCACGACGGCGUUAUGGGUGCUGUGCGACCCGGGGUCAGUGGCGGCGGUGGCGGCGGUGGCGGCGGGCAACGGUGCGGCUGCUGGUGACAAUGGCGGCGGCUUUGGUGCGGCGGCGGUGCCGCCGCCGCCGGUACCCGCCGCGGAUGCGCAUGCCCUGGUGCUUGUACUGCCUGACCCGUACGAGAUGAUGCGGCGGGCGGCGCUAACCGCCGCCCGCGGCGGCCACGUGGCGGCGGCGCUGUGGCUGGAGGACAGACUGGCGGCGCGCAGCCGCCGCCGCCAGCCAGCCGACCCGCCGCAACAUGGCGGCGGCGCCGCCGCCGCCGCCGCGGUUGCGAUACCCGUGGGUCUGUCGUACUCUGCGGCGGCGUUCGGGUCCGACCUGAUGGAGGCGGCGGCGGAGGCAGGCAGCGUGGAGCUGAUGGCGGCGCUGGCGGCGCGCGGCUGCCAACCGCCAGGCGGUUAUAACGCGGAUGGCGGCGGCGCCGGCGGCGGCGGCGGCGGCGUGAACAGCUGGCGGGCGGAGGUGGCGGCGGUAAUGUCGGGUUGUGUGGCGGCGCUGGACUGGCUGCUGCGAUGGCGGCGGGAGCGGCGCCAGCAGCCGCAGAAGGUGCCGGGGCGCGGCGCGCCGCCGCCAGAGGCGGUAGAAGCAACAGGUGGCGGCGGUGGCGGCUGUAGCUGCCUCGGUUACAUGAUUGAGUUGGCGGCGGUGGGCGGCGACCUGCGCAUGCUGUGGCGGCUGCUGGGGUUGGGCGCUGCUGAGAACUCCCGCUUUCUCCUGCUUCAGGCUGUAGCAAACGACGGCUGCGACCCAGCCAUCCUGUCCUGGCUGCUGCGCCACGGCGGCUGCUGCUACUGCCGCCAGGAGGACUGGGCGGCGGCGCUGCGCAUGGCGGCGGCGCGGCGGCGCGGCGGCGAGGUGUCAGCCGCCGCGCUGACGUGGCUCGAGGCUGCUGCUACAGCCGCCGCAGCAGCAGCAGCCAACGGCGUUUGUGCUGCCGGCGCUGCUACUGCCGGUGCUGCUUGUGGUGGCGAUGGCGGCGGGGCGUGCGGUAGGCAGGAGGGCUGUGGCGGGAGGCAGCACUGCGGCGGCACGGCCGGAGCGGCGUCAGGAGCGGCAGUAGCACCGCCGGCCCUCCUUGUGGCAAGGGUACGGGCGGCGGCUGUAGCUGACGCGGCGGACGCGGCAGUAGCGCGCAGCAGCGGCCUGGCCUCCACCCCUUAGCUGCUGCGGCUUGCUAAGGCAGCCCCGGUGCAGGCCAGCGGUGUCUAGUGGUUGGCUUGGGUUUGCUUGCAUGUGUGAAGUACUACCACUGGGAUACCGCCGUAACGCCAGUGGGAUGUGAAGACAGCGCAUGUAUAGUUCUGCAGCGGUUCGUGCGGGUAGUGCGGGCCACGAUACGUUGGAGGAGGACCCACUAGCUCUCAUAGCUGAGUCCUGAGCCGUUGCUCUGUUUGGGGGUGAGAGAGAACUUGACACGUGUGGCGGCGCAAAUGGGACAGUUGUAAGGCAGGUUGGUGAAGUCCCGCAGGGUGCAGCUAAUUCCCAGACCCCAGAAGAUGGCAAACAAUUUGCAACGGCAGGGCAGGAGUGCGCGGCUGGUGUGUGGCGGUGCAAGGUGGUGCAAGGUGGUUACCGUAUCUGAUGGCUGUGUAGCAGCGGCUGUAGCUGUGGGACUGCUUGCGGAGUUUGUCGAGUUUGCCGUUGCCACUUCACAUGGCCGUUGCGGCGUUACGCAGUUUAAGACCAGGAGUAAGUAGGGGCUGGAGCCUGGAGGCAUGUAACUAUGCCAUAGC